AUGAUUCUGGAAGCUCUGAACACUAUGCAGUAUAACAUCACAGAGGUUAUGCCCAGCCUGGCCCCAGCUACAGCGGCUUCUGUGGUGGCCUUCGUGUUUCUGUUGAUUGUCAUCUGGAGUUAUGAAGAGAUUUCUUCAAUACCGGGUCCUUCCUACUGUCUGGGGUUGGGACCUCUGAUUACCUAUGGAAGAUUCCUUUGGGCAGGAAUUGGAAGUGCCUCAAAUUACUACAAUAGCAUGUAUGGAGAGUUUGUAAGAGUCUGGAUUAAUGGCGAGGAAACACUAAUAAUCAGCAGCUCUUCAGCAACAUGUCAUGUGAUGAAGCACAGUCAUUAUGUUUCAAGAUUUGGCAGUAAACUUGGAUUACAGUGUGUUGGGAUGAAUGAAAAUGGGAUAAUAUUUAACAGCAACCCAUCACUGUGGAAGGUGAUUCGGCCCUUCUUUAACAGAGCUCUGUCUGGACCUGGACUUAUCCAGACUACAGAACACUGUAUGAAAUCCACCAAACGAUUCCUGGCA